AUGGCGACGGGCGGCGAUGCGCCGAAGCGCGGCGAGUUGCGGUACGCGAUGGUAUCGCGCGGUGUGGACGUGCUGGCGGAGCAUUCGAUGGUAAAGGGCGACCUGAGCGCCACGGUGCAGGAGUGCCUCGCCGUGCUGCCCAAAGAUCGCGCCACGUACAUCGCGAUGCCGUACGGCGACUUUAUUAUCGCAUUCCAGACGGAGAAGGAAUACGUGUUCGGAGUGCUGGCGGACAAGGAGGUGGCGCGCGACGUGCUGCGCGGGUUCCUGGGGAAGCUCCAGUCGGGUUUCAUGCCCAAGUACGGCAGCAAGGCGCGCGCCAUGCCCGCGGGCGCGCUGCAGCGCGAGUUCGGGCCGAAGCUGAAGCAGCAGCUGAAAGAGGGGACGGCGAGGCCGGAGGAGCUGAGCAAGUUGGUCAAGAUAAAGGGGCAGGUGGAGGAGGUGAAAGGCGUUAUGGUAGACAACAUCCGCAAGGUGAUCAAUCGCGGGGAGAAGCUGGAGGUCCUGAACGAGCAGGCGAACGCGCUACAAGAACAGGCUGGGCAAUUUAAGAAGGAGGCAAAGAAGGUGAAGACGAAGAUGUGGUGGGAGAACAUGAAAAUAAAGAUCGUAAUCAUCUUGAUCCUCCUGCUGCUGCUGGGAGGCAUCGUCAGCCUUAUCGCCUGCCGAAUAGCCAAGUGCUAA